UAGUCUUACUUAUUUCUCCAUUCAUAUCCAUUGCUUUUUCCUUGGUGGGUUUAGAUAUCAACUAUAUUCCUUCUUUUGCCUUUUGGUGCGGUAUUUUGUGCUCAUGCAAAGAGAAUUUUUGAAUUGAUUGCAUAGAUGGAUGAGCAGAGGGAUGUUUACACAGUGGAUGAGGCACUUGCCCAUGUGGGGUUUGGAAAAUUCCAAUAUCUUGUGCUGACUUAUGCUGGACUGGGUUGGGUUGCAGAAGCUAUGGAGAUUAUGAUUCUCUCCUUUGUAGGACCAGCAGUGAAGUCUGAGUGGGGGCUUUCUUCAACUCAAGAGAGCCUCAUAUCUACUGUUGUUUUUGCUGGAUUGGUGGUUGGAGCUUACUCAUGGGGUAUUAUAUCAGAUAACUUUGGAAGAAGGAAGGGUUUUCUGGGAGUAGCAAUUGUAACUGCUGGAGCUGGGCUGUUAAGUUCUUUUUCUCCAAAUUAUAUAUCGUUGGUAACUCUUCGUUGUUUGGUUGGUGUUGGCCUUGGCAGUGGGCAUGUAUUCUUAUCCUGGUUUCUAGAGUUUGUUCCAGUUUCGAAUAGAGGCAAAUGGAUGGUUGUCUUUUCAGCUUUCUGGACUCUUGGAUCAAUUUCUGAGGCAGCACUUGCAUGGAUUGUCAUGCCAAGAUUGAACUGGAGGUGGUUACUUGCACUGUCCUCUGUUCCAUCGUUUGUCGUGCUUGUCUUUCUUGGUGUUUCACCGGAAUCUCCAAGGUAUCUAUGUACAAAAGGUAGAACAACCGAUGCACUUCAUGUUCUGGACAACAUGGCGCAACUUAAUGGAACAAAGCUCCCAAAUGGCAUGCUUGUUUCUAAUAAAACUGCCUGGGAUGAAGAAUUUGCUACGCCAGAACAUGUUCAUCUUCUUACAUCCAAUAUCAACAAAACUGCGGAGGCAAAAUCUGGCUUCUCAUCAUUUCUCUUGCUUUUCUCAUCAAGAUUAAUUAGAACAACCUUUCUCCUGUCCAUUUUACUCUUUGGAAAUUCAUUCGCAUAUUAUGCCAUUGUAUUGUUUGUCUCCGAGCUAAGCAGUGCAGAGAAAACUUGUAGCUCCACUUUCUUACUUUCAGAUAAUGUCCAGAAUUCAAGCCUCUACAUAGAUUCAUUCAUCACUAGCCUGGCAGAGGUUCCUGGACUUCUUUUAUCAGCAAUACUAGUCGACAGAGCUGGUCGCAAGCUUUCGAUUUCAAUUAUAUUCACCCUAGCUUUCAUUUUUCUUUUGCCACUGGUUAUCAGUCAGUCCAAUAUUUUAAGAACAAGCUUAUUGUUUGGAGCUCGCAUGUGUGCCAUGGGAACCUUCACAAUGUCUUUAAUAUAUGCCUCAGAGUUAUAUCCAACUUCAAUGAGGUCAACUGGUACUGGAUCUGCAAAUGCUAUGGGAAGAAUUGGCGGCAUGGUUUGCCCUUUUGUGGCGAUUGCGGUGGUCGAGGGUUGCCAUACAAGGGCUGCCAUCAUAGUCUUAGAGGGUGUGAUUGUGGUAUCAGUAAUAAGUGUUCUACUCAUCCCAUUUGAAACAAGGGGACAGGAAUUGAGUGACAUUGUAGAGGCUGUACCAAAUUCUAAACAAGUUACUGUUGGUGAGUAAUAAGUUUGUAUGUAUAUUAUAUAUCUCACCAUUAUUAGGGAAGUGUAAUUAAAUGGUUCACCAAUAUUAUUUUCUAUUUAUUGUCAAGGUAAAUUAAUAAACUUUCUUCUUCAUUGCAAUUGAUGAGGCUUCAAAAUUAGGUGUGAGUCUUGGCAAUGGGAAGAUGAGAUCUUAGCUUAGUGUUGUUUAAU